UAUUUUGUAGUGUUUUCUUUGUAUGCGAGUUUCUCAAUGGCUCCAUUUAGUGGUUUUGUUUACCCUUUUAUAAAACUCCUAACCCGGUAUCCGUGUCGCAGUACCAGGGAGUCAUUCUGUCGUUUCUCCGGUUAUGCGGCACAGCAGCAGCAGGUGCAGCAGCAGCAGCGAGGUCCGGGAGCUCCUCUUCCCGGCUCAGUGGACGCGCACGGCGGCGUGACGGUGCGCCACUUGCCCGCUGACGUCACCGAAGCUGCUUUCAGCGAGCUGCUGCGGGAGUCUGUGUGCGUGUGGCAGUCCGAGGGACGUGUGGCUGUCUGGUUGCAUGUUCCUCUCUGUCGGAGUCGUCUAGCCGAGGCUGCAGCGCUACAGGGAUUUAUCUUCCACCACGCGGUACGAGACGAGGCCGUGCUCAGCCUGUGGAUGGGGGACGGAGAGAGCCGUCUGCCCCACUACGCCACACACCAGGUCGGAGUUGCAGGUGCUGUUGUGAACCAGUCCAAUGGAAAGGUCCUUGUUGUUCAAGACAAGAACAGAGCUAAGAAUAUGUGGAAGUUUCCUGGUGGCUUGUCAAAUCCAAGUGAAAAUAUUGGCGACACUGCAGUCCGUGAAGUUUUUGAGGAAACCGGCAUCCGAUCUGAAUUCCGAUCUCUCCUGAGUAUCCGCCAGCAGCACCACCACCCCGGAGCGUUUGGGAAUUCGGAUAUGUAUCUGAUCUGCCGUCUCGCUCCAGUGACGUACGACAUUAACUUCUGCAAGCACGAGUGUUUACGGUGCGAGUGGAUGGAUUUGGCCAAAUUGGCUAAAUCUAGUGACGGUGCACCUAUAACAAGCCGCAUCGCCAAACUGCUGCUGUACGGACUCGAGAACGGAUUCAACAACAUCGAUCUAAGCAUGGAGGAACUGCCUGCUGUAUACACCGGAUUAGUCUAUCAGAUUCAUCACAGGAAAAUUCCUGAGCGGUAUAAAUAAAUCUUACAGCGUGUUAAAGAUACGAUUAAAUGCCUGUUUUCCUCCGAGGCCUUUGUUAAAAGGAGAAUAAUACAAAUAUAUAUCUAUUUAAAUAAAUUCAAAAGAAGAAUUUUUUUCUAGUCUUUUUUAAGGGCAUUAUUUUAUUCAUUUAUUUGUAGAUAACCAAAUGCAUAUUAAAGUUAGAUUAUAUUAAACUCGUUUUAAUAUUUCCGUUAUAUUAAUUUAAUAUGUGGAUUUUUAUUAAGCAGAAA